AUGCGUCACUCAGUCCUUCUGUCUCUCCUCUUCGUCUAUUCCAUGGACGAUUUCCUGCAUCUAAUUUGCCCUAAUUCUCCAUUUAUUUGGGAUGGAGAGAGGUUCUCUGAAUGCUUUGAAGACAUUGUUUUAGGUUUUGGAGUUAACAUAGUGACUGUUGUUAUGGUCGUUGUGCUUGGAUUUAGUCAGAAGAUUGAUCGAAGGUCAGAUGGCCAGAUGACCUUUCCAGAAAAAAUAGUCCUGGAUUUUAUACCAGCUGUUGGAGCAUGUCUUUCAAUUGUAGACAUAUUUUUUCUGUGGAAGAAAGAGCAUAGUAGUCACAUUGUUGGAUAUCAUAAAUGGUUCUAUAGCUGUUCUGAAUUGAUGGUUUGGAUAAACAUUAUUUUCUUCACAAAGCGUGGCGGCAGUCACCACAUUGUCUUCAAUCGUGUGUUAUGUUUCUGGUGGAUUCCUAAAGCAAUAUUGGCAGUUUUGUAUUUGAUGACAAAUAUUUCAUCAUUUAAGGUUUCAAUUUGCAUCACGGAAAGCUUAGUUGUUCUCAUGAAUAUCUCAUUUGGCAUAGCCAUCAAUGUGAUAAGGAUAAAGAGACCAUCUUACAAAAACAGUUUUUUGGAGGAUCCACUUCUUUCGAAUGGUGUGGACCUUGAGGAAGGUGGUUAUCAAGACCUUGAAAAUGAUGGAAACUUUUGGGAUUUGAUGACUUUCAACUUCAUAACUCCAGUAAUGAAUCAUGGUGUGGUAAAACAAUUAGACUCAGAUGACCUAUUGCCACUACCGACUGAUAUGAGUCCUUCUUCUUGUCAUGAUGUGAUUUUGUCCUGCUGGCAAGCUCAACUGAGUAACAAUGGCUCUACUCCAUCUUUGUUUAGAGCACUCUGUAGUGCAUAUGGAUGGCCAUACCUCCGCCUGGGUUUAUUGAAGGUGAUUAAUGAUUGUAUUGGUUUUGUGGGGCCAUUGCUUCUCAAUAAGCUGAUCCAGUUUCUUCAACAAGGUUCAGUGAAUUGGGAUGGGUAUUUACUUGCAUUAUCCUUGGGGCUCACCUCUAUAAUUAAAUCCUUUUUAGAUACACAAUAUAGUUUUCAUCUUUCCAAACUGAAGCUGAAGCUGCGAUCUAGUAUCAUGACUCUAAUCUAUGAGAAGUGUCUUCGAGUGAACUUAGCAGAGCGUUCAAAAUUUACAAAUGGAGAAAUUCAGACAUUUAUGUCAGUGGAUGCUGACCGAACUGUCAACUUAUGUAAUAGUUUCCAUGAUAUGUGGAGCCUGCCUCUACAAAUUGGAGUGGCUCUCUAUCUUUUGUAUACUCAAGUCAAAUUUGCAUUUGUAUCUGGAUUAGCAAUAACCAUUUUAUUGAUACCAGUGAAUAAAUGGAUAGCACAAUUGAUUGCAAGUGCUACUGAGCAGAUGAUGAAGGAGAAAGAUGAAAGGAUUCGUAAGACAGGAGAACUUUUAACUUAUAUUCGCACUUUGAAGAUGUACGGAUGGGAACUUCUUUUUUCUAGUUGGUUGAUGGAUACAAGAUCUUUGGAAGUCAAACACUUAGCUACACGAAAGUACUUGGAUGCGUGGUGUGUUUUCUUUUGGGCUACAACACCGACUCUCUUCUCUCUUUUCACUUUUGGACUCUAUGCACUGAUGGGACAUCAACUUGAUGCUGCAAUGGUUUUCACGUGUCUUGCAUUGUUCAACACCCUUAUUUCACCACUAAAUUCAUUCCCUUGGGUAAUUAAUGGAUUGAUUGAUGCCAUCAUAUCUUCCAGACGGUUGAGUAGGUUUCUCGCUUGUCCUGAAGAUAAAUUUAAAGUGGGAAACAAAAGUUCCUGUCCACCAUCAUUCCUAAGUGAACAGCCUAAUUCUGUACAAAGUUUGGGUGUAUUUAUCCAAGAUGCAUGUUGUACUUGGUCAAGUAGUGAGGAACAAGCAUUAAAUAUGGUGUUGAAUCGUGUGACUCUAAGUGUGGCCCAGGGUUCCUUUGUUGCAGUUAUUGGAGAGGUUGGUUCAGGUAAAUCAUCCCUGUUAUAUUCAAUCCUUGGAGAAAUGCAGCUUGUUCAUGGCUCUAUUUAUUCCAAUGAAUCCAUAGCUUAUGUACCACAGCAGGUCCCUUGGAUUUUAUCUGGAACGGUGCGUGACAACAUAUUAUUUGGGAAAAGCUAUGAUCCUGAAAGGUAUACUGAUACACUGAAGGCAUGUGCAUUAGAUGUUGAUGUCUCAUUGAUGAUUGGAGGUGACAUGGCUUAUAUUGGUGAGAAAGGAGUUAACUUAUCGGGUGGACAGAGAGCUCGUCUUGCUUUGGCAAGGGCAUUGUAUCAUGACUCAGCUGUUGUUAUGCUUGAUGAUGUCCUGAGUGCAGUAGAUGUACAAGUUGCUCAAUGUAUCUUAUACAAUGCCAUUCUAGGCCCCCUUAUGCAGAGAAAAACCCGAUUGCUCUGUACCCAUAAUAUUCAGGCAAUAUCUUUUGCUGACAAGAUUGUUGUAAUGGACAAGGGACACAUAAAGUGGAUAGGAAAUUCAGAUGACUUUCCAAUUAAUUCAUGUACACAAUUCUCUUCGCUGAAUGAAAUUGAUUCAGCUUUACAGAAUCAUGGACAAUCUUGCAGCCCAAAUCUUUAUUCCAAAUCCGAGGAGCAGUCUCUUCUUGGUACAAGUAUUGUGCCUGCUCUGGAGGGAGCAGAGGAGAUAGUUGAAGUUGAGUUGAGGAAAGAGGGAAAAGUUGAAAUUGGAGUGUAUAAGAAUUAUGCUAUCUUCAUUGGCUGGUUCAUGACAGUCAUUAUAUGCCUAUCAGCUAUUCUGAUGCAAGCUUCUCGUAAUGGAAAUGAUUUAUGGCUGUCAUAUUGGGUUGAUACAACAACAGAAAGCAGUCAGACAAGAUAUUCUGUGUCUUUCUAUCUGGCUAUACUGUGUCUCUUUUGUAUUAUUAAUUCCUUUUUCACAUUGGUGAGGGCAUUCUCUUUUGCGUUUGGGGGAUUACAAGCUGCAACUAAGGUACACAAUAAAUUGCUCAACAAGCUUAUGAAUGCACCUAUCCAAUUCUUUGAUCAGACCCCUGGUGGGAGAAUACUGAACAGGUUAUCUUCAGAUCUUUAUACCAUUGAUGAUUCCCUUCCAUUCAUUCUGAACAUUCUCCUAGCGAAUUUCGUAGGCUUGUUGGGUAUUACAAUAAUUUUGUGUUAUGUACAGGUCUUCUUCUUACUCUUGCUAUUACCAUUUUGGUAUAUCUACAGCAGACUUCAGUUCUUCUACAGGUCAACAUCAAGAGAAUUACGACGGCUGGACAGUGUUUCCCGCUCUCCAAUAUACUCAUCAUUCACUGAAACACUUGAUGGAUCAUCAACUAUUAGAGCGUUUAAAUCUGAGGACUUUUUCUUUACCAAAUUCACUGAACAUAUAACCUUGUAUCAGAAGACUUCCUACACAGAGAUAGUGGCAAGUUUGUGGCUUUCCUUGCGUCUUCAGGUAUAUCUUUUGAGUCGAGUAUAUUUAUUAACAUUUCAAAAUGAGAAAAUGCAGCAAUAUAAGAUUUACACGUGCAACAAUACAGUACAUCCAAAGCUUAAAUUUGAAUUUGUAUUAAAUCUGGAGUAUUGGUUGUUGCUAAUAAUUACUUUCUUCCAGCAAUUAGGUGCAUUUAUCAUCUCUUUCAUAGCUGUGAUGGCUGUUGUUGGAUCUCGUGGCAGUCUGCCCAUCAACUUUGGUACCCCAGGAUUGGUAGGAUUGGCCCUCUCAUAUGCAGCUCCAAUUGUGUCCUUAUUGGGGAGUUUUUUGUCAAGCUUCACUGAAACAGAAAAGGAAAUGGUUUCAAUUGAAAGAACUCUUCAAUACAUGGACAUUCCUCAAGAAGAACAAACGGGAGGCCUAUACUUGAAUCAAGAUUGGCCAAAUCAAGGAUUUAUCGAAUUCCAGUGUGUUACUUUGAAAUAUUUACCAUCUUUGCCAGCUGCACUCUGCAAUCUUAGUUUUAGAAUUGCUGGAGGGACACAAGUUGGAAUAAUUGGAAGAACAGGCGCUGGAAAGUCCAGUGUGUUAAAUGCUCUUUUCCGUCUUACUCCAAUAUGUACAGGCUCUAUCUCAAUUGAUGGCGUGGAUAUUAAAAAUAUUUCUGUCAGAGAACUACGUACACAUUUGGCCAUUGUUCCUCAGAGUCCAUUUUUGUUCGAAGGAUCAUUAAGGGAUAACCUAGAUCCUUUCAAAAUGAAUGAUGACUUAAAAAUUUGGAAUGCAUUGGAAAAGUGCCAUGUGAAAGAGGAAGUAGAAGCAGCUGGAGGGUUGGACCUUCUUGUAAAGGAAGGAGGCAUGUCAUUUUCAGUUGGCCAGCGGCAACUUCUUUGCCUCGCCCGUGCACUUUUGAAAUCUUCCAAGGUUCUCUGUUUGGAUGAAUGCACAGCCAAUGUAGACAUUCAAACUGCUUCACUGCUGCAAACUACCAUAUCCGGUGAAUGCAAAGGAAUGACAGUUCUCACAAUUGCUCACCGGAUUUCAACUGUUUUAAAUAUGGACAACAUUCUGAUUCUUGACCAUGGGAAACUGGCUGAACAGGGUAACCCACAGGUUCUUCUGAAAGAUGACACCUCGAUAUUUUCUAGUUUUGUUAGAGCUUCAGCAAUGUAGCAAUGUGUAAUAUUGGAAGGCCAUCUUUUAACAUGACACAUCAGCAGACUACCCGCAGCGCAGAUGAUUCUCUACACUAACGCCGCACAAGUUUUGCCUAGAUCAACGCAACUGCAAAACGUCGUUUCAUCCAAUUUAGGGAUUUUUUAUCCAUGUUAGAAGAACUAAUUUUAGCUAACAGUUUGUUUGGUUCGGUAUGAUUCGAUUUGGUUCGAUUUGACUCAACAUGUCUCGACUCAUUCGAUUCAGUUUGGUUUGACUCGAUUAAGCUUAGGAUGGAUUAGCUCGACUUAGUUCCAUUCAUUCGGUUAGAUUUGGUUCGGUUUAAUUUAGCUCGGCUUAAUUUAGCUCGGCUUAGCUCAGUUCGAUUCGAUUUAGUUUGGUUUGACUCAGUUUAUUCAGUUUGGAUUGGUUCGAUUUGGCUUCGCUCAUCUUAGCUCGGUUUGCCUUAGUUUAGCUUGGUUCGGCUCGACUCGAUUCUGUUCGAUUUGGUUUGGUUUGGUUCAGUUUCGCUCAACUCGACUUGGUUUUGUUCGGUUCGACUUGGCUAGGGUUAGGUCAUGUCAAGUUUGGUUCGAUUUAGUUCGGUUUUGGUUCGGUUGAAAUGCACUUGGGAACUUGUAUAUAUUUUACUGUAAUGGGAAAUAUUAAAUUCUAUAGCUGGUUUUGCAUUGCUACAGAUUGAAAAAAUGUGAUGGGCCAUUUGGAUGGUUGCAGUGCUUUUCCUCGACUUGCAGUAGGUUAAUUCCUUGCCUCAGUUACCUUGACAAGGUUUCUUCAGUUGUGCCAACAGUACUGUAUUUCAAAUUUGUGUUUGUAGGAAUUGGAAAUCCUCCUGGAACUUCGGACUUGAGAGCAUUUCUUCUACAAAAAUUCAGUUCUUUUAUAAUAGCAUGCACCUUUUGUGUGUGCUUAUGCUAUUUGCAUAAUACUUUACAAUCGCGUGUGUCUUGUUAUUUAUUUUGACUGGAACUUAAUUGUAGAAGAUCAAUCAGUUCUGUUAUAAUUAUACUGAUAAGUCUUUCAAAUACUGUCUUAUAAGUUAUGAUAGGCCACUAAAUUUCAUGAAGAGUGAAAGAGCAAUUUACAUUUCCAUUUGGUUGUGGAGGGAACCAAAUUUUAGUUAGUAGUUGGAUUGUAACAAAUUCAACAAUAACUACAUAGCUAGAAAAUACAUGAAAGGAACUGAGCUGGUAAUGCUAUAUUUUGACGGUUAGUAUAACCUUCAAAACUAAUGGAAGAGUGAUGAACUUCAUAUUUGUGUCACUAUUUUAUAUUACAAAUAGUGUGCAUUUCUUUUUGUCUAAUUUGAAAUUUGAGUAGGAUUUCUUUUUUCAAAUGACAGAUUGAUGCUUCACUGGAGCAAGGAGUUGUAGCUGUAAGAACAGUUGUGCUCAGAGGCUUUGAUCCGCAUGUCAAUAGAUUUAAUUUAGGGCAAAAGUACAAGUACCAUAAAGUGUAAAAGUACAAGUACCAUAAAGUACCAUAAAGAAGUUUGUAAUGUCUCAUGUAUCUAUUAAAAUAUUUAAAUUUUGUUACAA